AAAGAGGAACAUUUUACUGACAACACCCUUGGACUAGGGAUACCUUGAGAUUUACUAAGAACAUCUCUUUUUUCUUGCACCGUUACACUUGUUGGACUGCGAAUCUUAACAGCUUCCCCCAGUAGAUAAGCAGGGUUUGUACUGAUUGGCCCAGAUGUGCUGGAAGGCCGGCCUCCAUUGACCAUCAACCAAUCCACAAGGAAAGUGCAGAUCUGAUGCUUGAAACUACAAGAAGGUUCUUAUGUUGGGGAGCCCUGUGCUAGCAGGUGGCAUUCAGUUAAAUGGAGGAGCAAGAGAGAAGCAGGUCUCCGUCUCGAAGGACCAGUCGGGUGGAGCAGGUGGUUGGGCGGUGGCUGCGGCGCACCCGUGACUCCAGCAGCAGGGAGAGGACGCUAGGAGAUGGAAAGUCGGGUGAAGUUGGCUCAGACCAGCGGAACUUCCCCAUCCGGGUCACUGUGCAGAUCCUGCGGGACCCCCUGCUGGAUUCUCAUGGGUUCACCAUCUCCACCCAGCCACCCAUCCUGGUGCAGGAUGUCACUGCAGGUGGCCCUGCAGAGGGAAGACUUGUUCCGGGUGACCAGGUGCUGAAGAUCAACAGUGUUGCGAUAGACGACCUCUCCUCAGAGCAGGCAGCUGACAUCAUCAGGGAGUCACAGGACUCAGUAACCAUGACAAUCCUCAGACACACAGUGGGGCCGAAGUCAUCCUUCAUCACUGCAGAGAAGAGGGCACGUCUGAGGACCAAUCCGGUGAAGGUGCGCUUCGCAGAGGAGGUGGUGGUCAACGGUCACUCUCAGGGAAACUCGCUGCUCUUCCUGCCCAACGUUCUGAAGGUCUACCUGGAGAAUGGCCAGACUAAGGCCUUUAAAUUUGAAGCUACCACCUCUGUGAAGGACAUUGUGAUGACUCUGAAGGAGAAGCUCUCCAUCCGCUGUAUAGAGCACUUUGCUCUGGUCCUGGAGCAGCAGUACAGCAUCACCAAACUACUGCUGUUGCACGAUGAGGAGCUCAUUCAACAGGUGGUGCAGAGGAAGGAGUCCCAUGACUACAGGUGUCUGUUCCGCGUCUGCUUCAUGGCCAGAGACCCCCUGCACAUGCUGCAGGAGGACCCCGUGGCCUUUGAGUACCUCUACCUGCAGAGCGUCAGUGACGUGCUACAGGAGCGUUUCGCCAUGGAGAUGAAGUGCAACACCGCCCUGCGCCUGGCGGCCCUGCACAUCCAGGAGCGGCUGGCCAGCUGCGGCCAGACGCACAAGACCUCCCUCAAGAGCAUCACGAAAAACUGGGGUAUUGAGAACUUUGUGUCCCCAACCCUGCUGAGGAAUAUGAGAGAGAAAGACCUGAGAAAGGCCAUCAGCUACCACAUGAAGAAGACCCAGGCCCUCCUGGAGCCUCGGCAGAAGGUGAUAUCGGCAGCACAAGCUCGGCUGAACUACCUGAACCAGCUCGGGGAACUCAAGUCGUACAAUGGGAAGUCUUUCAGUGCUACCAUGAUGCUCCAGGACAGAGAGUCCAUGGUGAGCCUUCUGGUGGGGGCCAAGUACGGCGUCAGCCAGGUGAUCAACCACAAGCUGAACAUCAUGACCACCCUGACCGAGUUCAGCAGCGUCAGCCGAGUGGAGCUGCUGCCGGAGUCCGACAAGGUCAGCCUGGUCAAGAUCUACCUGCAGGAUGUCAAGCCCAUCACACUGAUGCUGGAGUGCCAAGCUGCAAAAGACCUGUCCUGCCUGGUGGCUGGCUACUGCAAGCUGCUAGUGGACCCAACGCUGUCCAUCUUCUCCUGGCCUGGGAGCCCCAAGGUGCACCGCAUUUCGGCCGAGGAAGGUUACGUGUCAAGGGGUUGUAGUGACUCAGAGGAGUCCUCUGAAUUGGACUCCACCGACAUGCUGGUCAACCUGCGCUUCUCCAGUGACGACACCAGGGCGGCACCAGAGGGCGAUCACCAGGCAGUGGAACAGAGGCAGAAAAACGAGAGGGAAAAAGGAGGGAGAGAAGGAGAGGGGGCGGAGCUUCAGCAGAAUGAGCCUGUGGCAGUGGGGUCAGGAGGGCGUGAGGGGGCGGAGGGUGGAGAAGUGGUGGAGGAGAGAGCUGAAGAGCACGCUGGCGAGGACGUACUGUCCGAGGCGUCGGACUCCUGCCGCACUGACUCCCGUUUCAACCCCAGCCUCUCCAGCGACUCCAUGGACGCCUUGGAGGAAGACGACCUUGUAGCCUGUUCCUCCAGCCAUCCCUACCACACUUACCUUCCUGACAUACAUGCACAGCACAAACCAGAGGGCUACGGGGGCACCUGCACCAAUGACACCCUCAGCCCCCGUCCUGCUAGCAUCAGCAAUGACAGUGACCCUUGCCUGUGCUUCGCUGACCUCUCCCGCAUGCCAGACUGUCUCCCCAGCCCGCCAGAAGCCAGCGAGGAAGAGGAGGAAGAGGAGGAGGCACAGCGCGACGUGUUCACCUUUGAGGAGAACGACGCGCGGCACUACUACAACAUCUGCUCCAACGUCACGCCUGACAGCGCGCGCAGCCUCUCCCAGCCCCGGCCCUGCCACGCCCAGGAAGAGGCGGGGCCAAACCCGCCGCAGGACAUGGAGCCAAUCCCCAUCCUCCAGCCGCCGCCCGGAUUUGGAGACAGCAGCUCGGAGGACGAGUUUUUCGACGCGCAAGAAAUGUUCAUGUCUCCAGAGGUUUCGGUGGCGGGGGAGGACACCACAGAAACAGGGAGGGAGACGAGCGGCAUGACUCGCACACUGAGCCUCAGCGAUAUCGGAGUCAGUGUGGCGGAACGGGGGAGGGACGAGGACCAAGAGGGCAAGGGGGCGGGGCUCCCGCGGCACGCGAGGAAGAAGUCCCGCAAGCGGCGCUCCUACAUGGAGACGGACUACACCUCGCAAGUGUCCUUCCCGGGACAGGGCAGGGACGCAGCGGACGAGGACCAGCUCUGCUGCGUGGAUAGCCAGCACCCAUGCCCCACGGUCUCCUUCCUGAUCAGCUCGGAGGGGGAGCCGGCCCUGCUGGAGUCCAAGCCCAUCUUCGGCUCCGGCUGCCAUCUGCUGGACCCCCUCCACCAUGGCCCAGAGAGCCAGGAGGCCAGCAGGAGCAAGCGGCUGUCCUCGGAGCUGAUGGAGAUGGAGCCGGACACCAUGGAGUCCAAGUCAGUGACGGAGCUGGUCUCCGCAGCCUUGCCCCAGAUCAUGGCAGUGCGGUGCCGUCUGGGGCCGGAGGGGAGAGAGUCAAGCUCCAGGCAGCCCACGGAGACAGAGAGCGACUUUUCCGACACAGAGGGAAAAGUCAGCACUGACAAGGACUCUGUGGAAGGAGGAAGGAGAGGAAGCACUGAAGAACAGCAAGGACAGAAUUCAACGGAAAAAUCACAGAGGAAGCUAUCAGCCCCCUGUUUGGACUGGGGGGUGGAUGCUGAAGAAGGACUUGUACUAUCUAAAGUUAGGACUUCCCCUGUCCAGCCAUCGCAGCUUCCUCUAACACAAACUGCUGUCCCAACCAUAUCCGACGUCUCAAGCUCCCAAGAGGAUGAGGAAGAGGGGACGAGUGAAAAGCAGGGCCUGGAAGAGGCAUCUCACAGCAUCCCCCCAGGAAAGCCUGAGGGAAGCAAAGCUUGUUUGCCCUUGGCACUCAAAAAGGGAAUUUCCCUCAGUCACGAGAGUCUCGUGUGUCUCAGAGGUGAGGUAGCUUCUGCCACUACCAGUUCUACUGCAGUCAUAGAGGUUGGCGCCACAACAAAAGACACAGGCGGUUUCAAAUUUCGAGGCUGCCCGUCAGGCAUCGUGGGUAGGCUGUCCGCCUCCACCCUGCGAGGCAAGAUCCACAGUCUGCCGUGGUACUUGUACCGGUCACACGAGGCUUUAAGCAGCUAUGAAGGCAGCACCACAAACAAGAGUAGUGGUUCACGAAGGUUCUCCGACACCAGCCAGGGUGCCACAGAGAUCACAGAGGAUGCGGAAGAUAUCCCCGAGGUGGCGGAUGAAGUCACUGAGAUCACAGAUGAACUCACAGAGGAAGACUCAGAGGAAGUCACAGAGAUGGCCACCGAGGUCACAGAGGACAUCACGGAAGUGGCCCCUCAAGUGCUGGAGGAUGUGACUGAGAUUAUCACUGCAUCCCCUCGCACAGUUCUGCCAUCACUAACCCAUGAUGAUCCAGUUGUGGGUGUGAGCCCUCAGGAGGCUGUGGCACAGGCAGGUUGCCAGUUGUCUCAGGCAGAAGCUGAGGAAAGGGACCUACCCACUGCGGUAUGUGGAGUCUUUACACACUGUGAGUCUAAGCAGCCCCAGCCCUGGGCCCACCCCUGCCCGGAGGGGAAAGCCAGCUUCGGGUGCAGCUCAAUGUCACCCCUGGAAUGUCCCUCCUUACCCGAAGAGGCUCCGACCCCCAUGGAGGUCUGCGGGUGUCAGACCGUCUACACUAACUGCUUCAGCGGGGCGCUGGAUGGGAGCAGCUUCGACGAGGAGCUCACAGUGUACGAGUUUUCCCGCCGGACGCAAGGGAUGGAGGGGGCUCCCUUAAUGACCACCCCGCCUUCCUCCUUCUCUUCAUCCUCCCUGUCUUCCUCCCCUUCUUCCUCCAUCUCCCCUUUCUCCCGAGGCGUCCUCCCCGCUUCCUCCUCCACCGAGCUCAGCCCUCUGCUGUCUCCUCUGGACCCUGCCGACUGCUACCCGCCCGAGUCCCUGGAGGACACCCUUAACCAGCUGCGUAACCGGCGCUACGGCCUCCCGGGGGGGUUCUCCGCGAUACAGCGGGACGUGGAAGAGCUCCUGGCCCUCCUGCAGGGCCGGGGGGUAGAGCCCCACAGCCUGCGGGGGGGCCAGCACCACCGGGAGACCUGCGUCGAGCACUUCUCUGAGAACAAGCGCCUCCUCCACGCUGAGGCGCGCAAGCUGAUGUCGGGCUGCCAGCGGGUGACCCGGGUGGGCCAGACCCCCGAGGAGACGCUGCGGUGCCUGGCGGAGAGCUUUCGCACGCUGGUGCAGCUGGCCAGCGUCUGCCUGUGGUUCUCCAGCUGCGCCCGCUGCGAGGGGCGGCACGAGGAGGCGCUGGGCGGCCUGCGGGAGGUCGCCAGGACGUACAUGGAGUUCGCCCAGGCAGCCGAGCGGGCCGGCGGGAGGAAGAGCUGCCACGACCUCAGCGUCAAGCUGCUGGCCCGCCAGUGCACCGCGCUGACCGCCUCUGUCUUCUGCCUCACGCAGCUGUUCCGGACCCUCACCGCUCUCUGA